UUCGCUGCAGUAGCUGCAGCGCUUUCUUUCUUUUUUGAAACAGGUUUGUGGGUGUGAGUGUGUAUAUAUGUUUUUGCUAUUUGUGAGUAUAUGUCAUUCGCUGUGUAUAUGUCUAUCAGCAUGUGAAUGGAAGGCGGAGGAAUCUUGUCAUAGAAAAGAUAUUGUAUAGAUACAUGUUGUAGAUAUAGUCUAUAGAUAUAGAUUUAUAUUUAUAUAUAUUCAGUAUUCAGUUUGGUUGUUUGUUUGUUUGUUUGCUUCUGUGGGUGGCGGCGGCGGUGGGGGAAUCGAACCUGCGACCAGCAUGAGACCUAAGAACAGAAACAGAGUGACAAUUAAAUUGAGCUGUAUAUAUCUGUAAAUUUGAUCUAAGGUGUAUUGGGUGAGGUGGGGGAGGUUUGUAUCAGAGGAAUGGCCAUGGCUCAGCACCAGCAGCAGCAGCAACCGGCCCAGCCGGUUGGCUUGACCGGGACUGGAGGCAGCAGCAAUGGGGGUAGCAGUAGUACAAGCAGUAGUGCUAAUAGCACGCCUGCAAAUCAUCAGGGAGGGGAUACCACUUUAACAAAGAUCUUUGUUGGGGGCUUGGCAUGGGAGACCAAGAGGGAGACCAUGAAGAAGUACUUUGAGCAGUUUGGGGAUAUACAGGAGGCUGUUGUCAUCAUGGACAAGAACACAGGGAGGUCCAAGGGAUAUGGUUUUGUAACUUUCCGUGAGCCAGAGGCAGCAAGGAGAGCAUGUGUAGAUCCAACACCUGUGAUUGAUGGAAGACGAGCUAAUUGCAAUCUUGCUUCAAUGGGUGCCACCCGGACUAGGCCUUCUCCUCCCCAGCAUGGCAAUCGAUUCAGAUCAGCUGGCCACUUUCCUGUAGGUUCUCAAGGAAUGCCUACUUAUAACAGUGGUUUGGCGUUUCCUCAGCCCAGUCCCUAUCCAUACCAGCAAGGCUACCCCUAUUCUCCAUUUGGGUGCGUCGUAAGGUAUGCCACAUAUCCACCAGACUUCAAUUUUGCCCAGGGAUUUUAUAAUCCAUAUGCAGCAGCCCAGUUUCCUCAAGUAUAUGCUGGACCAGCAGCAACAAUGUACCCACAUGCACAAGUAACACAAGGUGCAGCUGGCUACCCUACCUCACCAGGAUAUAAUAUGCAAGGCCCACACAUUGUUCAGUAUAGCAGUCCUGGAAUGGUGGCAACAACUACUGUAUCGCCACAGUAUGGGGGUGGGGCAUCUGUCCCAAGCGCUGUUCAAACUUCAGCACUAAUAGGUGCUAAUUCUGCCUCAGCAAACCGAAGCCCAGGACAAAUUCAACAGUAUGCGGCUGUAGCAGCUCCUGAACAAGCUGCUACAUGACAUUUUUAAUGGCAAGACUUGGAACAGGGUAAAGACAGAAGGCACAUUUGUGCAAACUGGGCUAAGUUGACUUCAAACUUUAGUCAAUUCUUUAUGAUCCAUCAUUAGAAACUAAAGGAGCAUUUGGCUAACUUGUAUCGAUGAAUAUUUGUUCAGUUAGUUUUGAUCCUUCUGCUGAAGUCCCCAAUCUUUAUUCUUUCAUAUUAAACAUUUGCAGUGAAGAACUAACUUAUCGGAUGCUGAUAUUACUUGAAAGAAAUGGAUUCGAAAGAAUUAUUUACAAAGAAAAAAAUUCAACAAUGUAACUGGAAUAUACAAGGCAGGGAAAACUUUGUAAAUUUGCCAUGUUCUGACAUUAGUCCACAAUGAUGUUGAAGCUCAGAUUAAGUUAAUUUAUGCAUCAAAACCUUUUUGUUGAAA